AUGAAGUUGAGCGAGUACGACAUCCAGUUCGAGCCCAGAACUGCGUUGAAGGGACAAGCAGUGGCAGCCUUCAUCGCGGAGCUCACCCCAUCAUCUCAGUCGGCUGAGUCCGACCUUCCGUGGACGAUUUACAUUGACGGAUUUUCCAAUGAGAGGGGGUGCGGAGCAGGAAUCCUCUUGCUCGCACCAGGUGGCAUGCGGUUGGAGUAUGCCCUACGGUUCAACUUUCGGACCUCAAAUAAUGAGGCUGAGUACGAAGCACUUCUGGCAGGCCUACGCGUUGCCAAAGGAUUGGGGGUCGUCCACAUCAAGGUAUUUAGUGACUCCCAGUUAGUCGUAAAUCAGAUUAAGGAGGAGUAUCAAACAAAAGACCCCCGAAUGGAAAAAUAUCUAAGCAAAGUUAGAUCGCACCUCGUCCAGUUCGAGACUUACGAGGUGAAUCAAGUUCCAAGAUCAGAAAAUUUCAAUGCAGAUGCCUUAGCCGAAUUGGCAUUAGCAUAUGAGAUAGAUCUGGCCAGAUCGGUCCCGGUCGAGAUCUUGGACACUCCUUCAAUCUUGGAGCAAGAUGUGAUGGAGGUUGACACUCCAGCACCCUCGUGGAUGGAUCCAAUCGUGGAGUUCAUCAAAGGAAAUCCGCCGCAAGAUUCAAAGGAGCAAAAGAAGAUGGCGCGAAAAGUAGUUCGGUUCAUACUCCGAGAUGGAGCAUUGUACCGACGUGGCUUCUCCCUGCCUCUACUUAAGUGUGUAACUCCUGAAGAAGGCAUUUACAUCCUUAGGGAAAUCCAUGAAGGAGUGUGUGGAAACCACUCUGGCGCCAGGUCGUUAUCGGCCAAGGUGGUUCGACAAUGGUUUUAUUGGCCCACCAUUAAGCAGGAUGCAAAGCAGUUUGUGAAAACCUGCGACAACUGCCAGGGCUUUGCAAAUAUUAUCCAUCAGCUGCCUGAGCUGCUCACCCCCAUCUCGGCCCCAUGGCCAUUCGUGCAAUGGGGAGUGGACAUUAUAGAUCCUUUUCCCCUAGGCAAAGGACAAACCAAGUUCGCCGUUGUCGCUGUGGACUACUUCACCAAGUGGGCCGAGGCCGAGGCGCUCACCCACAUUACAGAGCCCAGAGUCACAUCGUUCAUAUGGACAAACAUCGUAUGCCGUUUUGGUAUACCGAACGCCAUUGUGACAGACAACGGAAAGCAAUUCGACAAUGCAAAGUUCAAGGACUUUUGCAGAAAGUUGGGCAUAAGCCAUCUAAGUUAG